CUACAGUCUGUCUACCUCACUAUGCCACGAAAACGGCCCUCACACAUUGCAAACCUUGCUGGUACUACUGGUCAAAGACGGCAAAAGUUCAACGACAAAGAAAAUGAAACAACUUUCCCUGGAUCUCACCCUACAAAUCCUCCUCUGUGUUGGCACUCAAAAGAAAGAGAAACUCAGGCUGCUCGAUCCAUGGUUGACGAGCCUCACACCAUACCACUAGGGAGUGCUGGAUUUCACAAUAAUUCUCCUGAUCUGGAUUGGCUCAGAUUUUCCACGCGGUCACUCAGAUUCAUGGACGCGUAUCGCAAGGGCCUUGAUGGGAAGCAGGCAGCAUGGGCUUCGAAGAGAUAUCGAGGCCAUCGAGUACUUCCAGAGGCCAUUAUGGCUGAAUUGGGAACUGCAGGAUUGAUUUGAUCAGUGGCACAUAGACUUAAUACCUAAUAUUUGAUUUUAAUUCUCGAUUCUCGAACGGCUGUUGAACAUUGCGUC